GCUCGCCGCUCGAUACCGCCAGAGAUGAAGCACGCUAGAGGGCUCGCCGGUCUGGGAGGAUACUCACCGACCCUAAUGGAGGGUACUGCCGGCGUCCCCCUAUCGCGUGCUCGCUCCUCGCCGGAAAGAUCCCUGCGGUCCGCGGCUCGACGGCGGAGGGAGGAUUUGCCGGAGCUAGAGGAGUCUCUUGUCUACUGGUUCGCUAUGCUGGCCGCGGUCGCCAAGGGCUCGUCGAAGCUUGUCGCCGGUUAUGACUUUGCCGGAUCUCCAAGCGGUCACGGAUCUAAGCUCACCGGAGAGAGGCUCUCCAAAGGCUCGCUGGAGAAGACCGGGAUUAGAGGAGUUCACCGGAGGCUCGCGGCUGCUGUUCGUGGCUCGCCGGAUGAAGGAGGAGUUCCUCGAAGACCCGCGGCUGCCGUCCGUGGCUCGCCGGAAUAAGAAGGAACUCGCCACAGAUGAAAUUCAUUGGAUUAGGGGCUCUCUGUCGUUGCCAAUUACUCGCUUGAAGUUCACCAACUG